AGCAGAGGGUGGGGGGUAAAGGCGGAUAACCACAAACACAAGAGCACAUCUUCUGAUACACAGCACUGUUGUUUGAGAGGGUAAGAAGCAGAAACUGAGAUGUAGAAUUAGUCAUUUCCAAACAUUUGAUCUCAUUUGAUUUAAUUUGAUUUAAAAAUUCAGACAAAGGUAGAGAACAUUGUGUCAGUAUAACAGAAAGUCUUUAUAGAACCAACAAACUCCCUUCAUUUGGACAUCAUGGAUGGAGAAUCACCAAACCAAGAGAAAGACGUGACCUCCCAGGCAGAAACCAUCACCAACAAGGAGGCAAAUGAGUCACAACAAGAUGGAUGUGAGGGCACUAAUGACACACCAGAACCUCAAGGGGUAACUGAGGUGGAAGAGAGUGACGAGCCAGAAAAAGCACAAGAUAAAGCCAAUGCUGAAGAUACAAACAAGAUGCAAAGCUUCUCUCAGCCUGCUGAAGAGGCUGGACAAGAUAAAAACACACCGGCUGCUGAUGAUGUGAAAGACACUGAUACGGUAAAAGAGAAACAAGAUGGGAAAGAAGAUGUGGAAGAUGGAGACAAGGAAGAAGAACCAGUGAAAAAGAUGCAAAAUCAAGAAAAUGAGAAUGUCAAAGAGGAGAUCAAAGACAAGGAGGAGGGUGAAAUAAAGGGAGAGAGUCUAGAAGAUGCUAAAAACAAUAUAUCUAAAGAGACUGAGCCAGAAAAAGAGAUGACUGAUAAAGGAAAGGUAAAUGAGACUGAAAAACAAACAAAACCUAAAAGAAAGGGCGGGGCUCCCUCUUCUAUCUCUCGACCAAGAUCCUCUGCACGCUCUAUUAGAGCAUCCAAUAGAAAUGAUAUUAUUGCAAAGUUCCAAAAAGGUGCACCAGAGACACCGAUAGCUCGCAACUUCAAAAUUCAGAAGUCCUCUAGUGCUGGGGCAACAGGAGCUUCAAUCAAACAGAAGAUUCUUCAAUGGUGCCGCAACAAGACACGCAAAUAUGAGGGUAUAAAUAUUGAAAACUUCUCCUCAUCCUGGAGUGAUGGGCUUGCAUUCUGCGCUCUAAUCCAUCGCUUCUUUCCUGAUGCUUUUGACUACAGUUCUCUAAAACCAGAGGAGAGGGAGAAAAACUUCACGCUGGCCUUCCAAACAGCAGAGUCCCUAGCUGACUGCUGCCCUUUGCUGGACGUGCCAGAUAUGAUCAUGAUGGGCAACCACCCAGAUCCCAUGUGUGUGUUCACAUACGUGCAGUCCCUCUGCCACAGCCUCUCCAAAAUAGAGAAAGAGAGGAAGGACAAGGAGAAGGAGAAGGCUGACAAUGAGAAAGAGGAAAAAGAGGAAGGUAAUGAUGAAACGGGAGAGGAACCACGCGCUGACUGUGAGAAGAUGGAAGAGAAGAAAGAAGAAGAUGACAAAGAGUCAAACAGAAAGGAAGAAGAGGAAGACUGUCCAAAGAUGAGUCAAGAUGAAGAUAUUGAGGGAGUUUCCGUUGAGAUAGAAACCUAGAAAAAAUGUGAGAGAUAAGAUAAAUGACCGAGAAUAUCUCACAUUUCUGCUGACAGUAAUUUAGUUUUGGGUUGCAUAAGUUGGCUGUCUCAACUCAGACACUUUUUUUUUAUUGUUCUAAAUAUAUGGAGGUUUGUUUGGGGGUUGGGGUGUCACUGUUCUGUAUCUAUUAAGUUUUUGUUUUGAGCACACUUCCAAAAAUAUAUAAAUCUGUGUAAAUAAAAUAUUAUAUGAGGGA